GUGGGAUCCCAAAUGACCUUCUAUUGGACACAAAGUGCACAACAUGGAGAACUACAUCUCCUUCUAUAGAGGAAUCUCAUGAAAGUGCACCUAGCUAGGGGAAAAUAGAGGCAUUUGCGAUUCAGCUUUGAAAUAUAGACGAGAAAGAAAAAGAAAAAAAAAACAACCUCCUGAAAAAAUCUUCCAUCCUCUUCUUCUUUGAGGACCGGAAGUCCUUAUGAAGCUGAUCCAUUGCAUACAUUUGGCAUAAACACAAAGGCCAGGACUCUGGAAGGAGGAGAGACAAGAAAAAGAUUUGUAGCAGCUUUUAAUCGGAUGAGGAGGAGGAGGAAAAAAAGGUGAUGGAGCGUCAGAGGAAUGAUCAGUGGAUGGAUGAAAAUGAAGAAGAGUCCGCGGGGAGUGAGGGAAAUCCUGCUUUUAUUCUUUUGGAGGUGGAAAAGUGUGAUGGAUUUAACUGAAAUUAGCUAAAGAUCUGUAGCUCCUUUUCCCCUUUAGAUUGCAUGAAGCAUCCCUGAAGAUCCAGACGCCUCAUAAUCAUACUGCAUAGAGCACGAAAUAACUCGUACCCUGUGUUUGCUUGUUGUUGUUUUUUCAGUAAUGCAUGUACAGUAAUACAAGCUAAACAAAAUCAAUCAAACUUGAACUUAUAAUAAUAAUAAUAAUUAUUAUUAUUAUUAUUCAAAGUCUGCGCCUUUCAGCACCAUAGACAGCAGCAAUGUCUCGUCUGCGCAGGAAGUUCUGCGUGGCUUUCUUCCUUUUUGCUCUUUUCAUCUUCGGCACCAUGAUGGGUUUAAGGACCCUUAAGCCCACGGACGGAUUCUCAGAUUUAGCCCCAGGGAUGGAGCUCGCACCCUUCGCGGGUGGGAAACCCGACCGGCGAGCUGCACCUAACCACAUGGAUGUAAGUGAUACCAAGGUCGUGUUGUCCAAAGCUGGCCACGAGCACAGCAUCUUCUACGACGUUCACAUCUUCUAUUAUUUGUGGUACGGUGCACCUCCUGUGGACCAUGGCUACAUUCAUUGGGACCAUGUCCUCGUUCCACACUGGGAUCCCAAAAUAGCUGCCAGUCACCCCAAAGGAAGGCACAAUCCUCCAGAGGACAUUGCGUCAAGUUUCUAUCCUGAGCUCGGACCCUACAGCUCGAGGGAGCCCAACGUCCUGGAGUCACAUAUGGCACAAAUCGAAGCGGCAGCUGCAGGAGUAGUCGUCCUCUCUUGGUAUCCACCCAGUGUGGCAGAUGAACACGGAGAACCCACCGAGGAUCUGGUGCCUUCCGUGAUGGACGCUGCCCAUAGGCACAGUCUCAAGGUGGCGUUCCACAUCCAGCCUUACCGAGAGCGGACAGACCUCAGCGUGCAUGACAACAUCAAAUACAUCGUCGACAAGUAUGGAAAUCAUCACGCUUUCUACAGAUUCAAGUCCAGCACAGGGCGAAUCCUCCCAUUGUUUUAUGUCUAUGACUCGUACCUGAUCCCACCCGAAUCCUGGGCUGAGUUGCUGACCACCAGAGGCUCCCACAGCCUUCGAGGAACGCCUUACGACGGGAUCUUCAUCGGCCUCGUCGUCGAAGAACGUCACAAGCAGGACAUCCUGGCAGGCGGCUUCGACGGCAUGUACACCUACUUUGCGUCUAAUGGCUUCUCUUACGGCUCCUCUCAUCAGAACUGGAAGACCAUCAAAGAGUUCUGCGACGGAAACAACCUGUUGUUCAUGCCCAGCGCCGGGCCCGGUUACGUGGACACGGCUGUUCGUCCGUGGAACAACCACAACACGCGCAACCGAGUCAACGGACGCUAUUACGAGACCUCGUUGCAGGCGGCGUUGUCGGUGAGACCGGAUAUCAUCACCAUCACGUCGUUUAACGAGUGGCACGAAGGGACGCAGAUCGAAAGAGCCGUUCCUAAGAAGACCGCCACGCGUCUGUAUUUGGACUACAAGCCCUACGAGCCAGAUCUUUACCUGGAGCUCACCAAGAAGUGGGCUGAACAGUUCAGUAAGGAGAAAGAGCAAUGGCUGCUGUGAUUGGACCAAACCAGGAUUCCAUGUCAUGUUUAUCGCAACUCAUAUAAACCCAACAUUUUCUAUUCAGCAUGGUUUAAUGGUUUGAGCAAGCUUCAUUAUUGUUCCUCUGACCUCUGUCUGAAUAUUUAUGAGAAUUUUAGGGGCUAAUGUCAGUCGACCGUAUUAUUUUAUAGGCUCUCUGUCUUUUAUUAGGAACUCUGGGAGCUCAUAAUUCCUUGUAACCUGGAUGUUCUCAUCGUGACUCGACUGUUUUAUAAAUAAAAUAAGUACAACCAAAAAAAAAGGUAGCAUCAUUGUCCUGAUCUAAUCAUAGCCUGAUGUGUUUAUGUUUAGAGAUGAAGACACGGCGUACUGCGCUGAAUAUGACUGAAUUGAUCAGUAACGUUGAAGUCAUUCGUCUCCUCGAGUUGCAGUAUUUUCUGGAGCUGUGUGAAAGAUUGCGGCUGCUGUCAGCAGUUUCGGUGCAGCACCCCGGUGCACAAAGAGGCGCUGAAAACUCAUCCACUUUAUUGCAUAACCAAGACGCAGUGCUAUAAAUCAAACUGUCUUCUGCAGUCGAGAAGUUGGCAGAUUGAUUCAGAAACUGAACACAAUGAAAUAAAUCAUUAAACACUUAAUGCAUUUGGUGUUUCAGGUCAAUCCUGACCUCGUCUUACUUCCUGUCUGGAGUUUUCAUGACGUAAACGCAAUUUAUUAAACCAUUAA